AUAAUUUUAUAUACAAAUUGAACUGCUUCAACACCACUAUAUAACACCCAAUUUUCCCAUAACAUUUUCAUCACACAGCUCCUCAAACUUUCUUAAUACUUCACAUAAUAAUAAUAAUAUAUAGUUUUUGCUCGCAAACAAAUGGCAAGCUCUAUUGCUAAACUCGUGUGUGCGGUUCUGAUAUUGGGCCUUGCCCUGCCUGGUACUUGGGCCACAGAGUAUGAGGUGUGUGAUAGCGAUGGUUGGGCCUUGGGUGUUAAUGUCUUAGCAUGGAUUUCCCCCAAGACCAUUCACGUUGGCGACACCUUCAUUUUUCAUUUCGUAAGUCCUCGAACGGUGGCCAUUGUGGACGAGGCUGGGUUCUUGUUGUGUGAUGCUUCUCAUGCAAGUUACAACGAUGCAAGUGGCUUCUUCAGAUACACUUUCACUAAAACCGGGACUUAUUACUUUAUCUCUGCUGGGCUUUUGGACUGUGUUGCUGGCCUCAAAUUGAAGGUCGUUGUUGUUUGAAAGAAGAGAUGAUUCAAACACUACAUCGUACCACAGCUGGGUUCAUAUAUACGGAGCCACACACGUACAAGUGUGUGUUUUCUAUAUGUUCAGUUGUAAUAAGUAGUGUUAUUUUAUGUCUUUCAUGUCCUUUUUAGUUUAUUGUUGCGAAUAAAUGGGCCGGUGGUGUUGUAUGUUCUCUGCAUGUUAGGUUUCAACACACGUGUGGUUUUCCGUAUGAACUUUUCUCGUUUGUAUUAAAGUAAGUAAUGGUUAAUGUUGAUGUUUUUCAAUUAACUUUCCCGCUUCUUAAGGUUUUAAUUCUCUCGCAAUAUGGAUGUUUUCAUACGUUCAAUUUAUUCCCUCACUUCUUAAGAGUCU